CGUCGGACUAACUAUUAUCUUUCUAUCCAACGAUCCGCCUUUCCUUCACAGCCAAACCCUUUUCCGUUAUGCAGCCCGUUCUGACCCUCCUCAUUUGUAUAUACGCUCUUUUCUUUACACUGGUGAAUGCGGGCCCUGGAACUCACCGUUACGACGGCGCUCAUUCCAAUUAUGGCAUAGACAAGACCAACAAAGAACAUAUUAAAGAGCAUUUGAAAGCCUUGUCAGGCGAUAACCUGGACGAAUUACCACCGUUGAGUGACAAGGACAUGAUUUACUAUCUGUUUGUGAUCCACGACACAAACGGUGAUAAUCACUUGGAUGGACACGAAUUGCGAGCUGCUUUUACCGACUUUGACGACGUUUCGGAAAUCGAUCCUACUGAGUUUAUUUCAUUGGAAGAGGUCACGGAAAUGGUCGAUCACGUGUUGGAAGAGGAUGAUCUGGAUGGCGAUGGCCGGAUUUCCUGGGAAGAAUACAUACAAAGCCAGCUGUACCAUGGUCAACCAACUGAGAUUGUCUAGACAUACCCCCAAACUAUAAUAAAAAGGCGGCUGCUUUUUACCUGUC